CUUGAAAGACCAACCAGACCAGACACUAAGACAGCUACUUCAAAGUCUUCGGACACACUUCAGAAGCGUAUGUUCAACUCCAUUCCCAAAUUCUUCAACCCUUUCUUCUAACUCCAAUUCCAAAAACCGAAUCUUUCUCCAUUUCUACAACACCCCUCAUUUUCAUAAUACUAUCAACUAAAACUGGAUUAUCAUUGCCGUUAUCAUUCAUAUCAAACAGCAAUUACAGCAGAUACAACAUAUAUAAAAAAUGGAACUUUGAUCUGUGUCUGAUUCAGCGAGAUCUUAUUUGAGAGUUUUUGAGCUGUGGUUGAUUUAUGCACCCUGGAUUGGUAAUGAAGCCCGGUUUCUUAUUGAGAUUUUACAAGAAUGAGCAAUUGGGUAUGCUAGUUGUUCGCUGAAAUUACCAAGAGAAGGUGAGGGGAUUUUGUUUUUGGUUUUGUGUUGGAAAUUGGAAUAAUGGGGUUUCCAUUUUCAGCUAUUGUUGUUGCUUUUUGGUGUGUUUGUUGUCACCUGUUCUUCAUUGGUGUUGCAAACUCAUACUUCCCUGAGGAUGCUUAUAAUUUUGAGAGGAAUUCGCAUCCAACAUAUAGUUAUGAUCGAAUCAGUGAAGUUCAGAAACAAUGUGCUUCUGUGUUAUCUGCAUCAUCUGAAUUGAGAUCUGAUUAUAGUGCUGUGACUGGUUUGAAAGGAGAGCUUUCAUUUGUCAAUGGGGAUUGGAUGCAGAAUGAGGGUAAGUUUCCAAUAAUGCCUUUUGAUGCCGGGAAAUCUCCGGGGUCCUUGGCCGGAGACCGUAGUCCUUUGAAGUUGGUAUCUUUCUGGGUGACUGAUGUUGAUCAUGCCCACCGGUUGAAGAAAUCGGUUCCUAUUAAUGGAUUUAUGAUGAUGGGAAUUACUCGAGAUGGUAGCUUUCUGGAUAGUAAUUAUGGUGGGAAUCCUGAAUUCCUAUUAUGGCCAAACCAUUCUCAGCUCUCGGUUUCCUUUCAAGGUGUUUACACCAUGCUUCCGACUCGAGAGGCCGAUCCGUCUAAUCCUUGGUCAUGGAUGAAGAAUCAUGGUGAUAUUCCUCUGUCAGAAGAUGAUCAAAUUCUUCUAGUUCUUCGAUAUCCCAUGACAUUCACAUUAACAAACAGGAUCAUCAAUGGAGAGUUAAGAAGUGUGAACCCCCUAUCAAAUCCUAAAUACUUUGAUCCGGUUCGCAUAUCAUCACAAUUGGGAAAGUCAGCGAAAUAUAAAUUUGCCACCCCACAUGUCCUGUCCAAGGCAUGCAGUCCAUACCCUUAUAAAGAUAACACAACAACCGAUGGCAUUGGUGUUUAUCAAGGGGAAAGAUUCUGUGAAAUCCUUGAAGAAAUUACAAGAGAGCAGCCUCUGAAUGUCGUGCCGAACUGGAGAUGCAACGGCACUGAUGAUUUCUGCAGUAAGUUAGGUCCCUUUUUGUCUGAUAAGGCGAUCAAAACAACAGAUGGAGGGUUUCAAGAUGUUAAACUUUAUAUGCAGCUUGUUAUCUGUGAGCAACCAACUACUAAUCGAAAUGCCGGCUCUGCUAGAGUAUCUGCAGUUUUAAGAGCAGUUUCUCCAUCAGAAAAUUUAUAUACUGCCGCAAAGAGAUCUGGUCCGAACAACAUGUCUCUUGCCGCUGAAGGGAUCUGGAAGUCCUCUAGUGGACAGCUUUGCAUGGUUGGUUGCCUCGGAUUAAUCAAUGCCAAAGAGAGUAGCUGUAACACUCGGAUCUGUAUCUAUCUCCCUACCACUUUUUCGAUAAAGCAGCGCAGUAUUAUCUUGGGGACUAUGUCUCCCAUUAACAAUGUUAAUGCCUUCUUUCCUCUGUCUUUUGAGAAGUUUGUGCUACCUUCGGAGCUCUGGAAUUAUUUCAAAUUCACUCAUCCAAAUUACAGUUACUCUAAGAUUAACUUGGCUGGCACCGUCUUGGAAAGAAACGAGCCCUUCAGUUUUACAACUUCAGUCAAGAAAUCGCUGCUGACAUUCCCCAAACUGGAAGAUAAUGAGGCAUUCCAAGAUAGUCUGUCACUUCUUUCAGAAGAUCUCAGUUUUCAUGUCUCCGGUUAUCCUGAUCCUAUGCCUAAUAUCCAGGCCCCAAGGGUCGACAUUCAGAUAGAAAUUCUAUCUGUUGGUCCUUUGUUUGGCCGGUAUUGGUAUGCCCGAAAUGGUUCAACUUGGGAACAAGAAACACCUUAUCAUGUCAAGGAUGUAUAUACAGAAAAGCAGCUUCUUAUAAAUGUAUCUGCACAACUCAUUCUUACUGGAAAAGCUUAUAGCAAUUUUUCAGUGGUAUCUUUGGAGGGUCUUUAUGAUCCACAUGUUGGAAAGAUGUAUCUAAUCGGCUGUAGAGAUGUGCGAGCAUCGUGGAAGGUCUUAUAUCAGAGUUAUGACCUUGAGUCUGGGCUGGACUGUUUGAUCGAGGUGGUCAUAUCUUAUCCUCCGAUAAAAGCUCGGUGGCUGGCCAAUCCCACAGCUAAAAUUUCUAUAGAAAGUCAAAGAACCGACGAUGAUUCCCUUCGCUUUGAUUCAAUAAAACUUCAAACAUUUCCAAUCAUAUACAGGAAGCAGCGUGAGGAUGUCCUCUCACGCAGAGGUGUCGAAGGGAUUCUUCGCAUCUUGACGCUUACACUAGCUGUUACUUGCAUUUUAAGCCAACUGUUUUAUAUAAAAGAUAAUGUGGAUUCGCUUCCGUAUGUAUCUCUUGUUGUGCUAGGUAUUCAAGCUCUUGGAUAUAGCAUUCCAUUGAUAACAGGUGCUGAAGCUCUUUUCAAGAGAAUGGCUUCGGAAUCCUAUGAUGUGUCAGCAUCAGGUGAACUUGAGAGCAGUGAAUGGCUUCAUGUCAUUGACUACACUGUGAAACUGCUCUUGAUUGUCUCCUUGCUACUAACUCUUCGGCUUUGUCAGAAGGUGUGGAAGUCUCGCAUCAGAUUGCAAACUCGCGCCUCUCACGAACCACUUGGUCUCCCAAGUGAUAAAUUUGUAUUACUCUGUACCUUUGUCAUGCAUCUGAUUGGAUAUGUCAUUGUUCUAGUAGUUCAUGGCGCGAAGGCCGGCCAGAAGCCUCUUAGAGCAAAGACAUAUUCGUUGGAUGGCGAAAAUUCUCAUUUGCUUCCAGAUUGGUUAAGAGAAUUGGAAGAAUACUGUGGUCUUGUUGAAGAUUUUUUCUUGUUUCCACAAAUUACUGGGAACUUGAUCUGGCAGAUUCAUUGUAAACCACUCAGAAAACUGUACUAUAUUGGAAUAACUUUGGUCAGAAUUCUUCCUCAUGUGUAUGAUUACAUCCGAGCACCGGCUCCAACUCCUUACCUUUCCGAGGACUCGGAAUUUGUCAAUCCAAGCUUGGAAUUCUACUCAAAGUUUGGUGACAUUGCCAUUCCAGUGACUGCUAUUAUUCUUGCAAUUGUACUCUACAUUCAACAAAGGUGGGGCUACGAGAAGCUGAGCCGGACUCUGACAAUCGGCCGGCAUAGACUUCUCCCGAGUUUCAGAUAUGAGAGGUUGUCUUCUAGGUCUCCUGAAACCGAACUGGUUCCGGGUACCAACGGUUGUGCUGCAAAUGAGAAAGAACAAUCUGAUGUAGAAUGAUGUUAGACACUUGAUCACUGACAGAAGCUGUUGUAAACAAACAUACAUACAUGAAAAUGUAGGUAUCUUGGGGAUGUUUUGUUAUAUAUGAUGAGAAGUUCAUUUUACAAAAUCAAACUGAUUCUGAAUUUUGAUUUUGUUCUGCAAAUUUUAAUCUUCUCCAA